CAUUCGAAGCAACAAUUUGGAACGAGCUUCACUAAUAGACAGACUGACAGACUAUUUAUUUGUUGACGUUUCAAAACUACCUAAUUAUAUUUUAAUAAAAUUGGAAUAAUUGCUAUUGACUUUGACUUUACCGAUACUUUUAUUUUAUAAUUCUUGACAACACAGGAUGUAACUAAUGUAUACAUAAAUUGGCAACACUAAUGCAAAAAUUUUAUAAUUCUUGGCAACACAGCAUUGUAACAAAUGAAUAAAGAAAUUGGCAACACUAAUGCAAAACAAAGUUGGCCGACCUUCAGAAUAUAAAGUAAACAUAACCAAUAAAAUAGAAUAACAAUACAUUGAUAAAUAUAAUUACUAAAGUUGCUAUGUUAUCGUUAUUAUAAAGAACUUCAGUUAAUUUAAUUGGUCAAUUGUUAAUCCUGUCAAAAUGUAACAUUGUAUUAUAUUACAAGACAAAAUAUAUCGAAUUCCAAUGGACUGGACAUGAGGAAAAUGAACAAAUAUUAAUUUCUUCAACUGAUCCACUGCUUUCGAGGCGAUACGAAGUUCACCAGGACAGGUAGUAUUGGAUUAACAACAGGGGAGGAUUACACAACGUCACGCCUGUUUAUCCCCGAAGGGGUAGGCAGAGGUGCACAUUACGGCAGGGGAGGAUUAACCUAAAAAACGCCCUAACCAAACCCCUAACUUUCUUGGGACCACCAUCACUCUUCGGGCACACGCGUCUCUCAGCAUCACGGCACUCCUCAAUAACCUGACGCCUUAAGCACUUGCACAGUUUUUACAUACAUAUCGCCUUUAAUCCCCGAAGAGGUAGGCAGAGGCGCACAUUAUGGCACGUAAUGCCACUGUGUACACCCACUUUUUACAAUUUAUGUUGUAAGUCCCAUGUGGUGAACCUAUUGCCAUAUACCGGGCACAUUUCCAGACUCCGUGCUACCACUGAGAAAUAUUCGAAAAACUGAAAAAAACUCAGUAAUACUUCGCCCGACCCAGGAAUCGAACCCGAGACCCCUUGUUCGGCAGUCGCACUUGCAACCACUCGGCCAACGAGGCAGUCUUGCACAGUUUGUCUUAGGAACAAUACAGCUUUGAUCAUCAUCAUUCCAUCACGUGCACUGGUGAUUUAAAACCUCAUAAAAGGAGGAUUGCCAUGUCACCCACGCUAAACUGACGGCUCAAGGCUCAGAAAGACUUUUUUUUAUAUAUAAUGUGUCAACGUUUGGCCGCUAUCUCGCCUGAUGGUAAGUGAUGAUGCGACCUACGAUGGAGCACGUCUGCCCAUAAGCAACCUAUUCACUCGGGCUUUGAAGCCACCUAGGUUAUACCCAUCAGGAAACACAGAUUCCGGCAAGGAGUCCAAGGAGUUAGGGAGCUGCAGACUACUUAGCAGGUUUACCGGGGCUCCGGCUCGAAAAGCAGGAGUAGGAACGGGGUGGUUUUUAACCAGUAAGAGUAUUACACUCCCCUUCGCGUUGCCCACGGCGGGAGAAGUCGUUGGAUGAUUUUUGUCCUGAAAAAAUAAAUAAAAAACGGUUAACAAAAAUGUUGUAGAUACUCCGACCUAACCGUCGGUGACAAUAGCUAAGCAAAAGCUUAAGUUGGUAUUGGUUAUAAGGAUAAGAAAACUGCCAAAAUGUACAAGAAGAGAGACGGAACAUCCGCCAUUAAAGGCCAGCUUUACGUAACAAAACUAAUCAGCCUGAUUAACUUCAGAGCAAAGUUCGACAACAGCCUCAAAGAUUGUUAUCUAGCGACCAACAUGGCAGACAUAGGCACAUUUGCCGAUAUAUGCUUCAGAGCUGAAGCAAAAAUUGCUAAACAUAAUAAACAAAUCGCCAUUUUCAUUCAAACUACACACAAAGAAGAUGGCAAAACAGUUUUGACACUAAACAGCAAAAAUGAUUUAGCUGAAUGGUUUGCCAGCUACCUCACCAUCAAACGUUCCUUCAAACAAGACACCAAAGACGUCUUCUUUAAGGGAACAUUUCAAGACAUUGACACUUAUUUCAUUAUGUAUACAACAGCUAAAAAAGAUCGCGAUAAUGUACGAUUUAACACAGAAGUUGCUCAUAAACUCAACAGUUUAAUAGCUACAGGGAACGAUGCCGUCCAGCCGAAUCACAAAGAAACAGAUAUAGAAUUCCUAUGUGAAAUAGUCAUGAAGGAACAGCUAGUCGAGCUGGCUACUGUAUUUGCAGAAUUUGUAAAUAAAGACGACAAUACUGUGUUGUCAAUGAACAACGAUCUGAUACUCAUUUACCACGUGAUUCUGGCGAAGAAGUUCUUCCUUAUAAGCGAGAUUCGGAAUAAAAACGAAGACAGUGAACACAGAAUCGCUCGUUUUCGUAGUGAGUUCUACACAAGCGAUGAUGAAUUUAUGAAAUUAUUCAGAGACACGCUUUAUAAAGAAAUUUUAGAGAAAAGAAAACUUGAUGAUGUUACUAGGAAUGAAAUGUUAGCAAGACUGUUUGUGGAACCUUUAGACAAGGAAAUAUUAGCAAAACUUAUAUACAGUGUUGUGACACUAAACAAUAAAAAUGGAAAACUAGAAUUUAAAGACGAAUCUAUGAGUGAAGAUUUAAGACAUAGAUUAGAAAAGGUAAAAGUCCUUCGGGCGGACGUAUAUGAGGCCAUUUCCAAAGCCGCGGAAGAAAUACUGAGACCACAGGAAAUUAAAGUUCCAGUGGCAUUCGGCAACAAAGAUCUCACAGUGAGAGGGAGUGAAGAUACUAAUGACGAUUUCACACCCGACAGCAUACUUGUGAAAGUCAAAAACAAAAUGGUGGAAAUGUUAUUACAAUCCGCACCGGGAAAUAUAGUCACAAUAGACAAAAAUGUGGAAAAAGAAUUUUCGAAAAUCAAUAUCAAUUUAGCUAGUAUUGUGGGGAAUAUUUUAAUAGCAGACCAAAAUAGUGAAUACAUGAAAUUCCCAGACAAUACCGACACACUAGGUGACGUUGAGAAACAACUGUUUUCCGAACUACAAUCCGCAAUACCAAAUUUACAAGAUUUUAAAUUUAUUUUAGAUGUUGAAACAUCUCCAGUGCUUUCUUUGGAGAAGAUAGAUUUAAUAGAAGAUGAUAUUUCAGCUCUCGCGACAACUAUUGGUAUAUAUCUGGAUAAAAACACUGAUUCUGUGAUGCCAACGACAGAUAAUAUCCUACGACGAUACCACGUGGCUCUCACACAUAAAGUAUUGGACAUUUCUGAGAUUAUGGGUGAAGACGACGAUGCGUACAGACUGGCGACAUUCCAACAAGAAUUCUUUGAAUCAGAAGAAGAUUCUCUCGUAUUAUUUAAACGACAUCUAUAUGCUGAAGUAUUGAAAGGAAGAAAUUUAGGUAAAAAUGAACUGGAAGACUCAUUGGCAAUAUUUUUCAAUGAUCCAUAUAAUAAGAUUGCACUAGGUACGUUAAUAAAUACAGUUCUUUUGUAUACAAAUCGGAAAUUUCAAUUCAUUAACAGUAACGCACCAGAUGAGGAGAAACAAGUUUUAGAUAAAAUAGAACUGCCUCAAUCGGUAGUGGACGAUGCUAUAAAUGUAACUGCAAAGACAAUAUUAAUGAAACGAGAGUUUAAAGUCUCAACCGCUUUCGGAAACAAAGACUUAAAAGAAAGUAUAGCGGAAGAAAGAUUAGAUCAUUUGAAAAUGAAACUGUAUGAACUGAUGAGUAAAUCAAGUGACGAUAAAGUUGUUGCUAUUGAUGAGUCUCUGGGAGAAGAUUUUCUAAAGCUCACUGGAGGCAUCGCAGGCAUGGUCGGGAACAUUUUGGUUCUAGACGAAGAUACGCAACUUUUAAAAUUCACAGAUAAUUGGGAAUCACUACAAGACACUGCCAAAAGGCUGUUCAUAAAACUGAAGAGGAAGACUCCCAAUUUACAUGAAUAUAAAUUCAACGUAAAUGUCAAAAGAUUCCCGAAGCUCUCGUUCAAAAGAAGUGGAGACGAUGAAAAGGUGGCGAAAGAUUUCUUGAACAGACUUCUGUUUUACACAAACCAAGCUGACGAGAGAGGCGUCGAGAAACAUUUAAAAGACGAAAUUGAAGAUCACCAAUGCCUAAGCGUUGACAGCAUCAAAGUGACAGCCGACGCCAUUUUCUUACAAUACCACGAUCAAAUACAACAAUGGUGGAUGUUGAAGGAGGCCGAGUAUCUCACGAAAGAGAGUUCGCAUUACGAAGAAGCCUUAAAGUUGAUCGUCGACAAACCCCUUUUAUCAAUAAUUAGUAAAAUGUACGCGAUGAAAAUGGGGAACAUUGUUGAUAUAACUUUCAAUGAUCACGCGGUGAAAUCAUUGAAUCUAACAGAGCAAUCAACAAACGUCAUUUUCGUAACAGAAAAUAUUCCUUUGACAGUAGUGAAACUGAUGCAGUCUUUAAACAAAUCCAAACACAUUGUCAUGGAUUUAGAAGAUCUACUUCAAACGAAAGACUACGCUACACUUAUUGCAGAACUAACUAAAAUAGAACAAAAUAAAAUUAUAAUAUUAGCGUGCGACAACAUACAAAGAAACUCAAAUAAAAGAUUAGAAAAUAUUUCAAAUAUUUUGAAUGAAAAACGGAUAAUUAUCGUCACAAAUACAGCUGUGCUAGACACGGUCCAGAUAUAUUUUAAAGAUAUAAAAGAAAUAAGAGACGACAGAUGUAGUCUUGCAGACAUGAGUGAGAAGUCACAGAAAACUGUUUUACAAGCAAAAGUAAAUUUUCAAGAUGUCGAAGUGACAUUAGACACAAUCGUUGACAAGGAAUCGAUGCAAACCGUCGAAGGAGUUGUUUUAAACGACUUUAUUAAUAACGAAACAAGAUGUUUUAGUAACUCAGUUACGAAUGUAAAUUAUGAGAAAGUUAAACAUCUUUAUGUGGAUAGAAGAGUGUGCCGGGUGCACCCGUAUCAACCGCCUAACUAUGUGCCAGCAGUCGGGAAACAGCCCAAAUAUUUUGUACAUAAAGAUAUCGUGGAAUUUUCCAAUCUGAAUGAUUUGUCUAAUAUUGUCCUGUUGUCAGCAAAGCCAGGCAUGGGAAAAUCAACCUUACUGACCAACUUAUCUAUUAAAACUAAAGAGUCAAACCCAAAAAUUUGGAUUGUCCGAGUCAAUUUGCUGGAUCAUUGUGAAAAAUUCAAUAAAUGGCAAGAAAACAAAGUGGACAUUGAUAUUUUAGAAACUUUGAAGUUUUUGUGUCCAAUUAUUGUUGGAAGGGACAAAAAGAGUGACUUAGAAUUCGAUUUAGAAGAAUCGGAAGGUGAAGUACAACUAAAAUCAUGUCGUAUAGACAAUCCCUGGACAGUGUUUGAAAUAAAAAUGUUCCUAGACUACUUUAAUAGGAAGGAACUUAUCUUUUUAUUCGAUGGUUUCGAUGAGAUAUGUCCGCUUUACACAGAAGAAGUUCUGUGUUUAUUAAAAGUUGUACGGAAUUACACAAAUAAACAUAAAAUGUGGAUCACGAGUAGGUUUUACGAGAAAAUCAUGUCAAGAUUGGAACAAGAAUUUGGGAAAGCUUAUGAAGUGGAAGAUUUCAACGAAAGCGAACUUGAUGGAUAUCUGUGUAAAUAUUGGCAAUCAACAAUUAUAUUGAGGAAUCUGAACAAACAACAGAGCAAUAACUUAUGUAGCUUCAUGGAGUUUAUGUCGAAACAUUACUAUAAAACGUAUAAGACAGACGUGAAGACAGACGUUGUUAGAAAACGGGAAAAAUAUCAAAUCUUAUUUAUGAAAGUCUGUUUCAAUUUUUUAUACUAUCUGAGGAAGGAGCUCAACAUUUGUCCUGAAAAUGUGAUACAAACUUUUAACCAAAUUUUUCACGAUUGUACACAUUCUGUAAUCUAUAUGGAAGGCUUUGACACUCCUUUACACCUUUACCUAACUGCCGAUUAUUUUCAAAACCAAGUAAAUGACGACAGGAUAAUCCCAAACAGAUGGAAUUUAGACAUAAACGCUUUCACAGUUUACGACAAAUUUAUUGAAACAAAACUCAAAACUAUAAGAUUUCAAGAGAAAAAUAAAAUCGAUUUGUACAAUCCCGACAAUUUGGCAAUAUAUGAGGAAAUUCGUGAGGACUUCUUCGUGAAACAUUACAAAUUGGGCGCGUAUGCUGUUUUCAAUCGAGACGUCAACAAAAUAUUUGACGAAAACGAAUUAUCUGAAAUAAGGAAAACUAUAGAAAAUAUUAAAAUUGGCACGGAGAAGACUGGAUUGGUGCAUAGCAUCAUUGACGACAUACCAACGUUUAUACAUAGGACGUUCACCGAAUAUUUCGCAGUUAAAUAUAUUUGUCAAUUAUUGAAAUCUGCUACAGAAGAGGAAAGUCAAAGAAACAUAUGGGAUUUCAUAUUAAAUGUCGUAUUUUUAAAAUGCGACAAAAACGUCCGUCAAAUUUUUGGCUACAGAUUGAAAACGGAUAAUGUUUUAAAAGCCAAAGUAUAUGAGUGUGAGGAAGUGAUAUUUAAUUUGCUGUUGACACAGGGGACGGGAGUGCACGCUUACAACCCUGAUGAUUUCAGCAAGGAAUUGUAUUUAAAAGUAAAAAAACAUUUGCGUAGUGCCAUGAGAGAUGAACUUGUAAACUUCGUUUCAACCAUAAGCAAUCUAAAAGAAAAAAUGUCGGAGGACUAUAUAAAGGACUAUACACGAGCGACGUCAAAAAUUAAGAGAUUGAAGUUUUUGCAUUCAGUAAGAGUGAAACGGCAAGCUUGCUUCCCUGAGACGUGGCGAAGCAAUGUGUUGACUGGGCCGGCCCAGAUAACGACGAAGCGACGUAUACGUACUGUGUCGCCGCGUGAGGUGCUAGAGGCCCAAUCCUCCCCACCCAUUCUGGAACCCCAAGCCUCCCAAUCCUCAGAUCCCUAAACCCCCAAGGGUGUUACCACACCAAUCGAGCGAGCGUCGAUCUAUGCCAUCGAUCAAUGGUAGAAUGGAUUAGUCGACGUCGAUCGAUAGAAUCUACCACACCAAUCAAACGAUAGAUGCCAUCGAUCGAUGAUAGAAUGGAUUAGUCGACGUCGAUCGAUAGUUUCUUUCGUCUUUCCUCGAUCGAUGGCAUCGAUGGACUAUCGAUCGAUUGGUGUGGUAACACUCUAGGUUAUUUUGAUUUAAGCAUGUCAAUAUUAUGAACUACUUCAAAUGAUAUAUGACUGACUUAUCUUAAAUAUCUUAAUAUUUAGUAACUUUUUACAUUAUUUUCAAGUCUCAAGGAAAAUACAGUACUUAUUAUGAAUAAAAGUAUCGUAUUAAUAAUGAUUAUAUGACUAUUUUUAUAAUAUAGGGUGACUUGUAUUUAGUGAACGAUAUUUAAACACGUGAUUGUAAUCAUGAUUACAAACAACUUUCCCAAAGAAACUUUUUCUGUAUACUUAUUAGUUUUAUUUUUAUCACAAUAUCAAAACAACAUUUCCUUAUAACUUCUAGUCUUCCGAUAACGCACGCGGGCGCCUCGCUGCUAAUAGCUGAUCAUAUUAAAGCACGUGCGCGAAAUUUUGUUGUUUUAUUGUUGUGGUGCCGGCCCAUUCAUGCCAGAGCAUAGCUCUCCCACACUAUCUCCAAUAUAUAGAUUAUAUUAUAUUAAGUUAUUUUUUUUAUAUUUUUAUACGUUGACAUAAAAUAAAUUGAUUUGUGUACA